ACUGAGCAUACCACAGCAGGUAUAUAUUACCAAUACGGAAGUGCGAAUCUUAGUACACGAUGUGGUAUACGCGAAUUCAUUAUCUGUACAUUGUGUGCGUAUUUCCAAGUUUAUGAGGACCUUUACGAGGUACAGGCUACACCCUGAGUGUACCGCAGCACUCCUAACUAAUAACUUAAUAGACUCACGAAAGUUGUGACGAAUUUUGAAUUAAAGCUGAAAUUUCAAUGUUAUUUAUUGAUGCUGAAAGAUUUUGCAUUUUGGUGUGGUCUUGUGUUGUGGGGGCGGAAAGCCGGAGUACCCGGAGGAAACCCCACCUGUCCGGUAUGGUGACCACCAACCAAAAUCACAUGCUUAUGGGAACAGGAAUUGAACCCGAGUCGCCUAGGUGAGAAGCGAGUUUACCAACCACUGCUCUAGCCGGACAGCCUUAUUUGUCUGUAUGUGUGAUCGAAUAUUUAAAUAAGAUCGUUUACCGACACGGAUAACGUGACAACUAAACGUAGAGACUAGAGGGUAGAAGCAGGAAAUGGAAUUCGUACAUGCCUUUCUGGGCUAGACGUAAAGGGCAAGAUGGCAGAUUUAGAAGAAUUGGCUUGCAACUGGUCGCUGCUACCUUCAGAUGUAGUAGUUCAUGUGUUUUCAUUUUUACCCAUGAAAGAAAGGAACAGCGUGUCGAGGGUGUGCAAAGCUUGGCAUCAAGCUUUUGGGCAUCCAUACCUGUGGCAUAGUUUCGAUUUCUGGUUCCUUUUGCCUUCCCAUGUCCGUUUAUUGGAAGGGCUCAUCAAGUAUGGUCGAUAUAUUAAAUCUGUAUUCAUAGGCGUGAACCAAUUGUCACAAGUGAACCGUGAAAAUGCAUGUGCCCUUAUGGAUCAACUUUCAAAAAUUGGUAAACGAAGGUUGACAAGAAUAGAAAUCGUGUUCACAGGGGAAAAUCCAUUGUUUUACUCUGGACAAGAGUUUCUGGAUGGUCUUUUUAAAUUAUUUUCGCCGGUUUCAGAAUCAAUAGAACCACCAUUAAAUACAUUAUCUCAUGUAGAUCUAUGUGGUAUAACAGUUCCGAUUGAUGACAGAUUGAUUAAUAUUCUUGCCGAUAAUCACAAAGGACUGCAAUACUUUGACAUUCAAAACAAAGUUAUUGUGUGCAAGGUGACUCCUGGAUGCAUUUUGCGGCUUGUAAAAAUAUGCCGCUAUCUUUUAGACCUUAGGCUCUAUCAUUGCAGCAUGUCAGAUUAUAUUCUAGAUGCAUUUACAAAAGAAAACAGAGAAAAAAAUAUUGAGCAUCUGUCGAUAAUGUGCAGAAGGGAGGACAAAUUUGGCACGGACCUUUCCGCAAUGGCGUGGAAGAACUUGGCCUCUGCAAACCCGUCUUUUAGGGUCACGUUAGGGUUUGACCACACAUGUCCAUUCAAUAUCAUCCCGAUAAUUAUGAAACCAGUGAUUCCUGUACGGACUUUGAAGCUUGAGACGUUUGCGGAAUGUCAUGAAGAGGUAACACUGGCAGCUAUGUACUAUAGCUCAACCCUAGUAAAAUUAGUGUUAAGGACAAGAAAUACCAUGGUAUUGGAAGAGGCGUUGAUAAAAGUAGCACAAAGCUGUACCUUAUUGAAGGCUUUGUUAGUGUUUUGCGUUGUUAGCGAGGAAACUAUUGAAGAAAUCUUCCGUUUACACCCAGAUAUGAAAACCCGUGGUACCUUUAUUCUGAAGUCUGUUGUUGAACCUGAGCCUUGGGUGGUUGGAGUGGAGGAAGGGGAUUAAUUGUGCCAUUAUCAACAUAAUUAAAAAACUUUAUUUAACUUGUCAGUUUUAUUUUUGUUUUGGACUUGUGUUAGAUAACAAUUAUUAAAUCUGAAAUACUAA